GGGUGUUGUUUCAUAUAUCCCACCGUAUAGUCUAUUUUCGUGUUAACCAAAGAGUUCUUUAAUAUAUUGUUGCGAUGGCCUUACCUGAAUGGUAACCUCACGUGAUGAUUAUAACAUUAUGCAAUAAAAGUCAGGUGUGAAACUAGAAAUGUUUCCAGCUUUGAUUUUAGCCACUACAGUGGCUUGUGUCAGUGGUUAUGCUGGAUAUCAAGAAAGAAUACCUAAUGGGGGGAAUGUUCCCCACUCUUGUAAACCUAAUUAUUUGUGGAAGGGUGUCGGUCAUUUAAACCAAGCUGGUGGAGGUGACAGAAAUCAGUUUGGUAAAGAUUUUGCUCAAGCUGGUCAUCAGUGGACUGUAGAAUUAUGUGAGAAAGACUCAGAUGGAGAUGGUAUGAGUAAUGGUCAAGAACUGGGAGAUCCUAAUUGUCAGUGGGAACAAGGGAAAGCACCGGAUCGUGAUACACUACUGAGUCAUCCGGGUAUUUGUGAUCCGUGGGGAAGUGCCAAAUGUAACGAGACAAAUUCCUGGGUUAAAUGUGAUAGUGAUGUUUUAACAUGUCCAGCCAUUGACGAGGAAGGUACACAGAGAAUGGACCUACGAAUGAACUUGACUUCCGUGCCUAAUAAAGAAACGACCUAUAUGUGCAUGUCCUUUGAUUUACCUAGUGAUGAGGAGUAUCAUUUGAUUGCAUCGAAACCCAUUAUUAAUGAAUCUAAAGUAAUGCAUCAUAUGCUGCUAUUUGCCUGCGCUGAUGGAGCUCCAGUAAUGACGGAACCCAGGGAAUGUGGUAUGGGCGCUGGCUGUAGUGCUAUAAUUGGUAUGUGGACCAUUGGGUUAGCAGGUGAAUGCUAUCAUCACGACGCAGGUUUUAGAAUAGGAAAGGGGUUUUAUAAAAGGGGGCUUAUCCAGUAUCAUUGGAAUAAUCCAGAAAAACGAUCUGAUCUGAGUGAUUCUUCUGGAAUGACCAUCUAUUAUACAAAGAAUCUACGAAAAUAUGAUGCUGGUGUAUUCAGAAUUGGACAGGUGUAUCUAGAAAUCCCACCCCUGUUGCCUAAAGUUGUCCAGCAGUCAACUUGUAGUGCUAGAUGUACGAAGAAAAUCUUCAAAAAACCUGUCUACCUCACAGGAGGUACAAACCAUAUGCAUUAUCUGGGUACAGCCCAACAUGUCUUACUGAGGAGAACUGAUGGUACUAAACAGAUGUUAACAAAUGAUCAACCAUUUAGAUACGAUAGUCCUGUUACCCAUACGUAUGAAUCUCCAGUUGUUUUAAACUCUGGUGAUAGUCUGGAAACAGUUUGUACUUACCAAUCAAUGAGUAGACGGAACACUACAUUCUAUGGAGAAGGGACGUAUGAAGAAAUGUGCUAUUCCUUUUUCUACUAUUAUCCAGCUGAUGCUAUCCAAGGCAUUUGUGAUACCGAUGGAAGUAUGGAUUACUGCGAUUAUCAUGAAAUGGGGUGCAAAGUAGGUGAUCUAUUUAAUGCCACUCUCCCAGAUACAAGAGCAUUAUUUGACAAGGUGAUGUCGAAAUGUUCAGUUUUUGGUGAUUGUUAUCAUGGAUGUCGAGCUGUUGUUGAUGAAAUCAAGGAAACCCAUGGUUGCUUUUUGGGCAAUAAGGCAAAUACAACAUACAAAUACAUACUGAAAUGGUCACAUGACAAGUUGGAAGCUUAUAAAUUCGUUUACGCAAUGCGGUCUUGUGAAAUUACCAGUGAGAAUCCAAUUGUUUACCAAGAUUAUGAUAAGGGCAAUGACGUGAAUGAUGGAAAUGGAAGUGAAACACCAAUGAUGGAAAUAACCAGUGAGAACCCAACUGUUUACCAAGAUUAUAAUGAUAAGGGCAAUGACGUGAAUGAUGGAAAUGGAAGUGAAACACCAAUGAUGGAAAUAACCAGUGAGAACCCAACUGUUUACCAAGAUUAUAAUGAUAAGGGCAAUGACGUGAAUGAUGGAAAUGGAAGUGAAACACCAAUGAUGGAAAUAACCAGUGAGAACCCAACUGUUUACCAAGAUUAUAAUGAUAAGGGCAAUGACGUGAAUGAUGGAAAUGGAAGUGAAACACCAAUGAUGGAAAUUACCAGUGAGAACCCAAUUGUUUACCAAGAUUAUGAUAAGGGCAAUGACGUGAAUGAUGGAAAUGGAAGCAACAAUAACAACAUAGCCUUUUAUCUGGUUUUUAUGUGCUUGGUCUACAGAUUUAUUUGAGUUGAGGCGACCACAUACUAUCUUAAUUCAUCUAUAUUAUUGUAUCUUAAAUUUUGUUUGUUAUCUUCUUAACAAGUUUAAAACAUGAAAUUGUCAUAUUUCGUUAUAAUUAUGUAUAUUUAAAGUAGCUAAGUCUCUAACUCAAUAUCAUCAAAAAUCUUCGACAUUGAAAACACGAUUUAUUUGUCGCUUUAAAUCAACAUUGAUGUUGUCAUCUUACCGGGAAAAGAUAACCUUCUGAUAUCCAAUAUUUAAGACAAAAUAAACAUUUUACAAUUGGUACACGAAUCGUGUACCAUAAUGCGUUUCAGUCCUAUUUAAAAUAAGGGACUCGAAAAACGAGGCUAGCAUAUUCCACAAGUCAUGUCAAACGGUGACGCUAUAUUCUUAUCUGGAGAGCAUGCCCAAUAAAUACUAUCGGCGUAGACUGGAAAAAAACAGACGCUAGAGAUUGAAAUUCGAUUGAGAAUACUGGCGUAUUUCGUCGAACCUAACUGAUUAGAAAUUACGGUAAAAACAGAAACGAUUGAAUGUAAAUCAAUUUAUAUACAUUCAUAUUACAUUAUUGUAUGCGUUGCGACCCAUUUGUGUCAAUUUCUAGGUCCCAAUUAAUAGCGACUUAGCUCCUUUAAACAGAAUGCUAUAUAUUUUGAAAGAAGAUUAUAUUUUUGAAGAAAAUUAUAUUUUAUAUACAAAAGAAUUUUUAUAUCAAGAAAUUGGAAACAAAAAUGAUGUUAGCCAUAUUGACACUCACAUAAAAAAUACUGUUAUCCAUCACAAAAUCGAGUUUUAUUAUGCUUCCAGUUCACAAUUGAUUCACGGUCAUAUAGCGAAUCUCCUACGAGUCUUUUUUGAUAUCAAAAAAUGUGAACACAAGUCGAUAAAGUAAAAAGAAAAAAGAAUCUAUGUUAGAGUGACAUAUACAUUUUACUCAGACUUUAAAAUUGCUUUUUAGGGGGUUGAAUGGCCGAAUGGUUGGUGCGUACGCGCUGUAUCAUAAAGUCUGUCAUUGAGUCAACUGGCUUGGUUUCGAUUCCCGGGAUGUACGUGACAAGGAGUAGGGUUGCCUGUCCAACCUCGAGGGAUUUCUUGGGGUCCCCCGGUUUCCUCCCACUGCUAAAGACCCCUACGCGCAAGUGAAUUAUUGAAAUAAAUUGGUCAAGAAUUUUCUUAAAAGGCUUCAAUUAUUGAAAUAAAUUGGUCAAGAAUUUUCUUAAAAGGCUUCAAUUUAUAUAAAGGCUUAUUAUCUGUUUUUAAACAUACUGAGGUAGAAUUAAGUUCUAUCCAAAUAACAUGUUUUGCCAUCGAUUUGAAGCAAUCUUUUGUUUGGUAAUUUAGUUUAGAAUAUGUUUGAAUAGGUCGUACAUGGGUAGGCAACAAAACAAAAUUACCAAUAUAAAACAACAAUAAUACACAAAUAGAUCUACAAUAAGGACUAUU